AUGUGCAAACACGUUGUUCUACCCCGAUUCUAUGCACAGAACAUUGAGCUCCAGCUUUUCUUGUUUCUGGUGUUCUUGUUUGUCUAUACCACUACUGUUGUGGGAAACCUCCUCAUCAUAGUCACAGUGGCCUCAGAUUCCAGGCUCCACACACCCAUGUAUUUUCUGCUCCGCAAUCUGGCUGUCUUAGACCUCUGCUUCUCCUCAACCACUGCCCCUAAGAUGCUGGUGGACUUCCUCUCUGAGAAGAAGACUGCCUUUUUCCAAGGCUGCAUGGCUCAGGUCUUCUUCUUCCACUUUCUGGGAGGGGCCACGGUUUUCUUCCUCUCAGUGAUGGCCUAUGAUCGCCUUGUGGCAAUCUCUCGGCCCCUGCACUGUGUCACCAUCAUGAACACUCAGCUCUGUAUGGGGCUGGUAGUGACAGCAUGGAUUGGAGGCUUUGUCCAUUCCAUUAUUCAGCUGUCUCUGAUGCUCCCACUGCCCUUCUGUGGUCCCAACAUCCUGGAUAACUUCUACUGUGAUGUUCCCCAAGUGCCGAGACUGGCCUGCACAGACACCUCCCUCCUGGAGUUCCUCAUGAUCUCCAACAGUGGCAUGCUGGAUGUCAUCUGGUUCUUUCUCCUUCUGAUCUCCUACUUUAUCAUCCUUGUGAUGCUGAGGUCCCACUCGGGGGAGGCCAGGAGGAAGGUGGCUUCCACCUGCACCACACACAUCAUUGUUGUGUCUAUGAUCUUCAUUCCAAGCAUUUACCUGUAUGCUUGGUCCUUCACUCCCUUCCCCAUGGAUAAGGCUGUGUCCGUCAGCCACACAGUCAUGACCCCUAUGCUCAACCCCAUGAUCUAUACCCUCAGGAAUCAGGAGAUUCUCUUGGCUUUAGAAAAACUUGUCUCGCUUGAGAAGCUGCCCAUGGGUCAGGAUGAGACAUCAGAGGAGACUGGAUGCUGA